AUGACUUCGCCAGAAUCACUAUCUUCUCGUCACAUUAGGCAAGGAAGGACAUACUCAACCACAGACAAGGUCAUAUCACGGUCGUCGUCGUACUCAUCAAAUAGUUCUAUGUCUAAAGACUAUAGCGAUCAUACACCCUUGUCCGUGAGCAGUGCAGCUUCAGAGACAUUACCUUCGCCUCAAUAUAUGUCGAUAAGGACAUUCAACACAAUGCCCACAGCCGGUCCAACGCCUUUGCAUUUGUUUCAAAAUGAAAGAGGUAUUUUCAAUCAUCAUUCUUCUUCGAGCUCAUCAAAAACGGCAUCAACAAAUAAAAGAGGUAUAGCAGCAGCGGUAGCCCUGGCAACGGCUGCCACAAUACCAUUUCCACUAAAGAAACAAAGUCAAGAGGAUAACUCCAAGGUCCCGGUAACACGUAAUGAACCAUCAAAACAAAAUAAAGUCGCACCUUCUGUGGCAGCAGAAGGUAUCAAACCUAAAAAUGGUUGCAUCUGUGGUUCAAAUGAGUCUAAAGAUGAGUUGUUUAUACAGUGUAACAAAUGUAAAACAUGGCAGCACAAACUAUGUUACGCUUUCAAAAAAUCAGAUCCGAUAAAAAAAGAUUUUGUUUGCAAAAGAUGUGACAGUAAAAAGGAAGUACAGGCUAAUCAAGUGAAACCAAUGAUAUUCCCUAGAAAAAUGGGAGAUGACCGACUAUUUCAAUUUUCAUCCAUAGUGACAACUUCAGCAUUGAGCGCAAAUCAGUCUGUAAGCAACAUAGGGGAACAGCCCAAAAAACGUCAACUUCAUUGUACCACCCCAACAACUGAAAACAGUAAUAAUAUACGGAAAAAAUUGAAGCAUGAAAGGCAGGUAGUAUCAAGCCACUUUCUGAAGCCGUUAUUGAAUGGGAUAAGUUCUUCCAAAGAGGCGGAGUUCAAACCUAUAACAAUAUCAGAGUACAAGGACAAAUAUGUUAAAAUGUUCAUCGACAGCCACUAUGAUGACGACUGGGUCGUCUGUUCUAACUGGGAAGACUCAAGAUCAGUUGAUAUUGAGAUAAGAAAAUCAUCAAACGGAAGAGAUUUUGGCGUCUUCAUUACAGAUUCUUGUGUUAAAGGCGAGCUAAUUCAAGAAUAUUUGGGCAAAAUUGACUUUCAAAAAAAUUAUCAGACGAAUGCAAACAACGAUUAUCGCUUGAUGGGAACAACGAAACCUGAAGUAUUAUUUCAUCCACAUUGGCCUUUAUGUAUAGACUCUCGAGAAGCGGGCGGAUCGACAAGAUACGUAAGACGAAGUUGUGAGCCUAACGUGGAGUUGAUAACGGUAAGGCCGCUCAACGAAAAACCAAGAGGAGAUAAUGAUUGUAGAGUUAAAUUUGUUUUAAGGGCAAUAAGAGAUAUUCAUAAGGGAGAAGAGAUAAGCAUUGAAUGGCAAUGGGAUUUGAGAAAUCCUAUUUGGGAGAUAAUAAAUUCCUCUAAAGAUUUGGAUUCCCUACCGGAUCCUGACAAGUUCUGGUUGAUGGGGUCAAUAAAGACUAUUUUAACAAAUUGUGAUUGCGCAUGCGGGUACUUGGGCCAUAAUUGUCCUAUAACUAAAAUCAAAAAAUUUUCUGAAGAAUUUAUGAGGGAUACGAAGGAAUCUCUAUCUAAUAAAUCCUACUUCAAUACAAUAAUGCACAACUGUAAGCCACAAACGAAAUUUUAA